AUGGAAAAUGAUGUUCGUCUGUUACAACAAUUAUUAGCACUUGGAGAUUCCAUUCAGGAAUUGAAAUCCAGAAGUCAAGCAAAUCGUUGUAGUCAGUUACCAAAUUCAUUAGAGGAAGAAAAUAGUGAUGAUGAGGAAUGGUGGUCUAAUGAUCGGAUGAAACGAACAUUUGAUAAUUCGUUAUCAGCAGUUACAAAUUUAUACGUGGAUGAUGAACCAAAGGAAAAUCAAAAUAAGCAAUAUUUUUCUCGCAAAAAUUCUGUCCUUCGUAUACCAAUUCCGCCGAGAAGUUGUAAUCGAAUGUCAACAAAUGAAAAAUUGCAUCGUCGACUAUCACGAUUAUCGCAACAUUGCGAACAAUUACAUCAGCAACAAAUGGAAAAUUCAUCGCAAAUCGAAGCUGAUAUCGUAUCACGAAGAAAUUUAUCUUAUCCUUCAUCAUGCCAAACUAAACCAUUUCCAUUGCAUAAUUCAUCAGCAAAAAUAACAAUGAAACAAAUAUUUGGUACCACAGAUACUCGUAUAUCAAAUGGUAGUAUUGAUAGCGGUAUUCGUGAUGAAAGUUAUAGCAGUUCCUCUGCUGGUAGUUUAAGUCCAUUCUUAAAAGAUGAAAAAUCCUAA